AUUAUGCAAAUUAGUAAAAGAUAUUUUUAUAACAGCUAAACAAACGAUCAACAUGUAUACCGUAAACCCACUUUAUUCAUAUGUAAAUAUUUGGUCAUUUUUAGUUUGGGUUUUAAAAUUUGAACAGGUCACCCACUUCGAAUAAAAUGCAGUCAAUGUUACGGUCACGGUACAGGGGCUAACAAAACGGAUUAACUGAGGUUUGGGGUCAUUUCAGACUGGAUUUAUAGAACUAUCAAGAGAUAAAGACAUGGAAAAAAUAGAAGAAAAACAAGUGAUGGAAGUAUUUAGUACCGACGUAGAACAAAAAUGUAUCUUUCCUUCCAAUCCAAAAUUUAAAGAAAAAAGAUCGAUAUCGUUUAGUCUGCUCCCUUUCAGACUAAAACAAAAGUCGAAACGGAAAAGAUGUGCGUCUUCCUCCGAUAUAGCCGAAAUCGAAGGGCAUGUCUCGGAACCAGAAUCGGACAAAGUGAUGUUAUCAGAUGAUUUCAGUACCAGUUCUAGCGAGGGCGAGGACAGUGACUGUGGACAUGUCAAUAUCUCAUUUGAACAAGAGGUCAAUGGUCAUGCUCUUCUGUACAAAACAUUUGGGUGUCAUGGAACCAGGGAAGGUAAUAUAAAAGAUGGUUCUGAUGUAAGCUACUUGGAUAAAGGAAGGUGUAUAGUAGCCGAUCUACUCAAUUGCCGACUUAACAUAUUUUCAAAAUCAGGAAGAAAUACUUUGACAAUACAAAACGAAGAUACAAUCGAACCUUGGGGAAUAGCAGUACAUGAGGAUAUUAUCCUUGUGACCUCUAGGAGAAAAAAGUUGGUUCUUAAAUUGUCACAGACUGGUGAUUUUGAGGAGUCAUCUUUCGGUGACUCGUUAUUCCAGGACCCAUGUGGUAUCGCUAUAACAAAGGACCAUAAAAUUAUUAUUACAGAUAUCCAGGCAAUGAAAGUUUCAAUACAUGACUGGAGUGGUAAGUGGUUGGACGAUAUUUGUCUGCCUGAUAAUCAUCAUCUACAAUUCAAAACACCUAGAUAUGUGACAGUCUCUCCACUAGGCGAUAUCAUUGUGUCGGAUUCAGGAAAUCAUCAGAUUUAUAUAUUUUCUUCCAGUGGGAAUUUCAAAAAGACAUUUGGGUGUUAUGGCUCAAAUGAUGGACAACUAAAGGUCCCUUAUGGUAUAUGCUGCGACAAGUUUGGAAAUAUAUUUGUAGCAGAUCAUUACAAUGAUAGAAUUUCGUUUUUCUCAAAAGAUGGAGAAUUUGUUCGACAAGUUGUCACCAAACACGACGGGAUAUUUCAUCCACAAGGCAUAUCAAUCUCACCAGAUAUGAAACUAUUCAUUACGCAUGGAUCUUUGAAGGCAUGCGAAGUGAAAGUGUUUAAUUUAAUAUCAAGAUCCAAAGAAAAGGACGUUAUACCUGUGUUCCAUCUAUAAUAGACAACAUAAGAAAGAUUUAGCAUGAGAUAUGAAGUAUAAAAAUAUUCCCUUCUAUUAAAUUAAUAC